CGUACAGGCACAAGAGUUGCCCGGAGCAGUGGGCCGAAAGCGGAGGACGUGGGGAAGUGCAAGCUCAGAGUAACGCAGGCAAAUUGUGCACGUGGGCGCCCUGUUGCCGGAAGAAGGAUCUGUGCCGGGGCUUGCAGGCUCAGUUACUGUUGUCGGAAGAGAUGUUUGUCCGCGUUGAAUUUCAGAGGUGGAUCCGUCCGCUCCUUCGGGGCAGUCGACGCAGCUCUCUUUCUGGAUGGAGGUGUGUGUAGAUCUCAGAGGUGUCUCCAGCACUUUGCAAUUUAAACUACAAAAGGAGAAGGGAGCGUUUGGCCACUCAUCUCUUCAGAUCUUUUGUGUCAGGGAGAAAAAAGCGGAAAGAGAAGCGCAAUCAUCCUCACUGAGCUGCUGCAGGAGGUGGAGAAGAAAAGGAAAGCAGGAAAAUCACAAUACUGUAUUGCUUCUUUAGAAUCAGAUGGCGGAAUUUGGCAGCAGAGGGGGAGACACUAGUGGGGGGAGAGCAACGUCCUCCCCAAAUUUGGCACAUGGAAAGGUGGCUUUUAAAGCAGGUGAUGGGGAAGGAGGAGGAGGGGGCAGUGGUAUUGCAAGAAUCCACUUGGACAGUGCUCGUAAUGGGGUCUCCAAUGGGGAUUGUGCUCUAGUAGGAAACAGAGAACACAUAGACACUCCUCAACCAGGCAGUCCUGCUGUAGAGAGAGGAUGUUCCAAUCUGCACCCAGAAGGCAAAUCUGGUAUUCCCAAGAAAGCCAGCAUUAUCAAGCAUCGGCGCCCCGGACCGUCACAAAGGUGUUGGGAGUGGUGGUAUCUCGACAAUGUCCUCAUCCAAGCAUCAAUGCCAGCCUGGGCACAACACGACCUGCAGCUGACAAUACAGACAAUGCAAACUUUGGGGUUCUCGGUGAACUUUUUAAAAAGCCACCUACAACCCAUCAUGAGACUUCAGCACCUGGGGUGGGGGUGUCAUCGACACAGUCCAGGGACUUAUCUUUUUAUCACCGGACUGCCGAGACAGCCUUGUUCAACUAAUACAUCAGGUAUGUCGGGCUCGUUUGUGUCCAUAUUCACGUUAUCCAGCCUUUUAGUAAAAAUGAUUUCCUGCAUAGGCAUCAUGCCCUGGGCUACUUGCACUCUGGUACAUUGCAAUGGACCCUGAUUCCAUUACAGUGACGGCACCAGCAUAUAGGCCGCAUUGGUCCAUGUUUCUCCGCAGGUUCUUCUGUCCCUAAGUGGGAUCCAAGAUUUGGGAGCCAUCCCAUCUAACACUAACCACAGAUUCCAGCCUUUAGUUUGGGAGCAGUGCUAGAGAACCAGCUAGCGCAGGGACAGUGGACAGAGGCCGACCUCCUUCACAACAUAAAUUGGGAAGAGCUCAAGGUGGCUUGCCUAGCACUACUCCACUUCAAAACCCGGCUCAAGGGCCAACAUGUGCUCCUACUCACAGACAACGUGGCGGCAAAAGCCCAUGUAAACCAGCAAGGGAGCACACAAAGUUCCUAAGAGUCGAGGCCCUCAGACUAGGCACGUGGGCAGAGAGACUCCUGGGAUCAAUUGUGGCAGAGCACAUCUUGGGAAUGGGGAACAUGCAGGCCGAUUGGCUAAGCAGGGCCACCAUGGACCAUGAGGAGUGGCAGUUGCAACCCGAACUGUUCCAGAAGAUUUGGCAUCGCUUCAGGACGCCAGUGGUCGACCUUUUUGCCACACCGGCAAACAUCCAGCUUCCGUGAUUUGUUUCCCGAUUCCCAUGGAGCAGAGGCACUUAAAAGGCGGAUCCUGGGGAUGGCCAACAUCUCAGACAGGGUAAUUGGGACCAUUAAGGCAUCCAGACCCUCAACAACGCGUAUCUACAGUGCGACCUUGUUGGCGUUUGCUAGAUGGUGCAGGGCAAAGAUCAUCGAUCCCGUAUGGGCAUCCCACCGCAGGUCCUAGAGUUCCUCCAGAACACUUGGAACGAGGCUUAGCACACAAUAACCUAAGGUGUCAGGUGGCUGCCAUUUCCAUGGCCCUGGGGGAUCGUCAUUACCCUAUCUUAGCCCACCAGCCGAUCACCCAGCAUUUUCUUAAACGGGCCUGCAACCUGGGGCCCCCAGUGGUUCACAGUUUUCCCUCAUGGGAUCUUCCCACAGCUCUCCCGGUCCUAGUGGGCGAACCAUUUAAGCCAAUUAGGACCGUCUCUCUCCAGUUCCUAAUGUGGCGGUUACCUCCACCAGGCACAUUUUGGAACUCGGAGCUCUGUCAUCUCAUGCUGACCUAUGCACCUUUAACAAAAACAGAGUGGUCCUUCGAUUAGACCCAACCUUUCUCCCAAAGGUCAACUCUCUCUUCCACAGAUCACAGGAGGUAGUCAUCCCAGACUUCUGUCCUGGGCCAACAGGGGAGUGAGAGUGUCAAUGGCAUAGAUUGGAUGUUCGUAGGAACCUACGGAUCUACCUAAAGAGGACAGCCCCCUUCCAUAGGUUGGAGGCUCUCUUCAUUUCCUUUCAGCCUUCCUCCAGGGGUGCUAGAGUGUCCCCUGCCACGAUCGGGAGGUGGUUGAUAAGGGCUAUUGUAAAGACCUACGAGGCGUAACAUCUACCAGUCCCAGAAGGAAUUACUGCACAUUCCACGAGAAGUGCAGCUAUCUCUGCAGCCUGGAGCACUAGUGCACCUAUAGAGGACAUCUGCAGAGCGGCAGCCUUGUCCUCGCCGUCUCCUUGUAUUCAACACUAUCAGCUGGACGCUUUUGCGUCCGCUGAUGCAUCUUUCGGCCACAGAGUGCUUCAACAAGUCGUAGACUCACCUAGACGGAAGAACAGUCUUAGUGGCCCACGUUAACUCUGGUACAUCCCAUUCCUGAACCAUCCCGUUGUAUUCAUAGGGAACAUACGUUGACUUACAUGAACGUUGAUUCUCAUGGAACAGCAGGAUGGCUCAGGUUCGCCCGCCCCCCCAGUAGUUGCAGCUGGCUAUUAGCUAGUGUGAGAGGAGACAGGGCUCCCUUGUUUGUCUUCCCUUAUUUGUUUCAGAUCCUGAAAGCUAUGACCUCGUUAAACUGGGCCAAGGAUGAGGAGAGUCAUAGGCGUGGCUUCUGAAUUAUUGACUCAGUCUCUCGACCAAUCAGGCUAUGACCAUCCUGCUGUUCCAUGAGAAUCAACGUUCAUGUAAGACAAUGAUGGCACAAAACAAAAAAGGGAACGGAAAAAAACUGUCUCAUUUAGCAGCAUGCCUACUGAGAAGAAAAUAAGUAGUGCAAGUGACUGUAUCAAUGCUAUGGUUGAAGGUUCAGAACUCAGAAAAGUUCGGUCCAACUCUAGGAUAUACCAUCGAUAUUUUCUUUUAGAUGCAGAUAUGCAGUCACUAAGAUGGGAACCUUCAAAGAAGGAUUCUGAAAAAGCAAAAAUUGAUAUCAAAUCAGUCAAAGAAGUGAGAAUAGGGAAAAAUACAGACAUUUUUCGUAGCAAUGGAAUUUCUGACCAAAUUUCAGAAGAUUGUGCAUUUUCUAUUAUUUAUGGAGACAAUUAUGAAUCUCUGGAUCUAGUUGCAAACACUGCAGAUGUUGCAAAUAUUUGGGUUACUGGCCUAAGGUACUUGAUAUCUUAUGGAAAACAUACACUGGACAUGCUAGAAAGUAGGCAAGAUAAAAUGCGCACCUCAUGGGUCUCCAAAAUGUUUAGUGAAACAGAUAUAGAUCAUAUCGGGUGGAUAUCCUUGGACAAAGCUGUGCAGUUUAUAAAAAAUUUAAAUCCUGGUUUAAAAACAAAUAAAAUUGAAUUAAAAUUCAAAGAACUGCAGCGUUCAAAAGACAAAUCUGAUACAGAAAUCACGAAAAAUGAAUUUAUUGAAGUUUUCCAUGAGCUUUGCACUCGUCCUGAAAUAUAUUUCUUACUAGUUCAGUUUUCUAGUAAUAAAGAAUUUCUUGAUACAAAAGACCUUAUGAUGUUUUUAGAAGCAGAACAGGGUAUGCCUCAUGUCACAGAUAAGACUAGCCUUGAUAUUAUUCACAAAUACGAACCAUCUAAAGAAGGUCAAGAAAGAGGCUGGCUCUCCAUAGAUGGUUUUACAAAUUAUCUUACUUCCCCAGAAUGUCAUAUAUUUGAUCCGGAGCAUAAAAAGGUGUGCCAGGACAUGAAACAGCCUUUAUCUCAUUAUUUCAUAAAUUCUUCUCAUAACACAUACUUAAUAGAAGAUCAGUUUCGAGGACCAUCUGAUAUCAGCGGUUAUAUUCGUGCUCUAAAAAUGGGAUGCCGCAGUGUUGAGUUGGAUGUGUGGGACGGUCCUGACAAUGAGCCUGUAAUUUAUACAGGUCACACAAUGACUUCACAAAUUGUUUUCCGAAGUGUAAUUGACAUAAUUAACACAUAUGCAUUUUUCGCUUCCGAAUAUCCUCUUAUUUUAUGUUUGGAAAAUCAUUGUUCUCUCAAGCAACAGAAUGUGAUGGUCCAGCAUACGAAGAAAAUCCUGGAGGAUAAACUGUAUACGAAUCCUCCAAAUACAGAGGAAUCUUACCUGCCAUCUCCUGAAUAUCUUAAAGGAAAAAUACUAAUUAAAGCCAAGAAGUUAUCAUCUAAUUGCUCUGGGCUAGAGGGAGAUGUUACAGAUGAAGAUGAAGGCGCAGAAAUGUCACAGAGAAUGGGAAAAGAUGCAGUGGAAACACAGAAUGUUGUGCCAGUGAAACGGUUUCAGCUUUGUAAAGAACUAUCAGAACUGGUAAGCAUAUGUAAAUCAGUUCAGUUCAAAGAUUUUCAAGUUUCAUUUCAACUUCAGAAGUACUGGGAAUUUUGUUCUUUUAAUGAAGUGCUCGCUACCAAAUAUGCCAAUGAACAUCCUGGAGACUUUGUGAAUUAUAAUAAACGCUUUCUUGCAAGGGUUUUCCCAAGCCCUAUGAGGAUUGAUUCUAGUAAUAUGAACCCACAGGAUUUUUGGAAAUGCGGCUGUCAAAUUGUGGCAAUGAACUUUCAGACACCUGGAUUAAUGAUGGAUCUUAACAUUGGCUGGUUUCGACAAAAUGGCAAUUGUGGCUAUGUGUUGCGACCUGCUAUCAUGCGGGAGGAAGUAUCUUUCUUUAGCGCAAAUACAAAGGACUCAGUGCCUGGUGUAUCACCUCAGCUUCUUCAUGUUAAGAUUAUUAGUGGGCAAAAUUUUCCAAAGCCAAAAUGUUCAGGUGCCAAAGGUGAUGUAGUAGAUCCUUAUGUGUAUGUAGAAAUCCAUGGGAUUCCAGCAGAUUGUGCAGAACAAAGAACAAAAACCAUCCACCAAAAUGGAGACAAUCCUAUUUUUGAUGAGAGCUUUGAAUUUCAGAUUAACUUACCUGAACUUGCUAUGGUACGCUUUGUUGUGUUAGAUGAUGAUUACAUUGGAGAUGAAUUCAUUGGGCAAUACACAAUUCCUUUUGAAUGUUUACAACCAGGUUAUCGUCAUGUCCCACUUCAGUCUCUAACAGGAGAUGCUCUAGCAUAUGCUUUCUUGUUUGUUCAUGUUGCUAUUACUAAUCGAAGAGGUGGAGGGAAACCUCAUAAACGGGGACUUUCUGUUAGAAAAAGCAAGAAAUCCAGAGAAUAUGCUUCUAUGAGGACUUUGUGGAUUAAAAGUAUUGAUGAAGUUUUCAAGAAUGCUCUUCAGCCCAUACGUGAUGCCACAGAUUUGAGAGAAAAUAUGCAGAAUGCAGUAGUUUCAUUCAAAGAGUUGUGUGGGCUUGCUCCUGUAGCAAAUCUUAUACAAUGUAUUCUGGCAGUGUCUAGCCGCUUAGUGAAAUCUGAUAAUACAACCUUGGUUGUGAUAAAUCUCAAUGAUCAGUAUCCCACAAUGGAAUUGCAAGGGAUUGUUCCAGAAGUUUUAAAAAAAAUUAUCACAGCAUAUGAAACAAUGAUUAAUAUGAUAAAGAUUCUGACAGAAAAUGCAGAUACUGUAUAUGAUAAAAUAGUCCAGUGCCAAAAAGCAGCAAUGGAGUUCCAUGAGAACUUACAAAAUAUAGGAGCAAAGGAAGGAUUGAAAGAGAGAAAACUACAAAAAGCAGUGGAGAGUUUUACCUGGAAUAUUACCAUUUUAAAGGGCCAAGCUGAUCUUCUCAAGUAUGCUAAAAAUGAGGCAUUGGAGAACCUAAAGCAAAUCCACGAUGCUGCUGUUUCAUGUGGAUUGAAUAAACCAGUAUCAUCUGCAAAUGUUGACUCUUCAAAGCCUUGACGAAGCUUAGAAGCAACACCUGAAUAGAUAACAGAAAGAAACUGAGAAUGACAAAAAUUCUCAUUCCUUUGGAGUUUAUAACUCUGUAACUGUUGUAGUUGCACAAGACAUUUUUCUUUGCACUUACUAUUUUUUGUGGGAGGGGGAGGGAGGAAUCCUAGAGUUUUAAAAGCACAACUGGAGAAACUAAUUACAAUUUCUGAAAACUGUGAAUGUAUGUAGCAACUCUAUAGAUGAAGGCAAUUGAAUUUUUUUCAUGGAAAUAAUAUUGCUGGCUAAAGCAUCCUUUAUACAUGUUAAAUGCCAUAAUUCAAGAAUUAUAUGCAGAAAAUACUAUUGUUAUUAAAAGAGAAACAAAUUGGGUUUCUAAAUUUGUUAUAAUGGCAAGGGAAAGGAACUUUUGUCAUUGCUCAGAAAAGUGCCUUGAUCUGGGGGGGGGGGAUCUAGUUAUGUUGUAUAUACUUUCCUUGGUUUAGGGUAGUUUGGACAAUUAAACCAUUGCUGAUACAUGAUUUUUAAAAAUUGGAUAGGAAAACUAUGGAAGGGUACACAUUUUACUGAAUUGUGUAAUUGAAGACAUUUUACAGAAUUGUGUGAUUAAGAAACUUGGCAGUGUUCAGGUAGGAAAGUGCUAUUGUUUGGGGUUUCUUUUGUUGUUGAGCCAUAAAUAAAAGGGGAAUGUAAACACAACAUGCUUACUUCGGCAUAGUGCACUAAGGGAGAGCCAUUGCAUAUAAAAACAUGCAAUUAAUCUGCCAUUAAAUGCCCGAGUAAGGCACAUACCUGUUUCCACCCAAGAACAUCUGUAGAUGUCUAAAGCUAAUAUAAAAGUGACCAAAUUGUAAACAAAAUUUUGUAAAUAGUUUUUCUUAUUAUUUUGUGGAUGUGAGGUAUUCACAUUAAAAUGUUUUAUGAUACAGUU